AUGAUAGGAGCUCCACCAGAUAGUAUUGCUAUUCCUCAAGAGAGCGGAUGGAUGAACGGUGAGGUGUUCUUCCAAUGGUUGCAACAUUUUAAACAACAUGUUCAGCCAACGGAAACAAAUCCUGUCCUCUUAAUUUUGGAUGGCCACGCUAGUCAUAAGGAGCUGGCAGUUAUAAAAUAUGCACCUAGAAUCACUGACUAUGAUAUUGCUGCAGUUGUGGACGAAGCCUUUAGCAGAGCAGCAAGGUUGGAUAUAGCACAUAACGGAUUCAAGUGCACAGGAAUUUAUCCAUUUAACCCUGAAAUCUUAACUGACAUUGAUUUUUUGCCAUCAAUGAUGACAGAUGUGAUGCAAGAAGUUUCUUCCAAAGAAAAUAUGGCCAAUCAGUUCUCAGUAGCACAUUCUUUAUCGCCAGUACCCUCCACUAGUCAUUACCUGCAAAUGAACCGGAUCCUUCAACCAGCUCAACAGAUAUAUUGA